UUUCGGGUAUCGGGACCGAGAGUGGGCUGGCGGAGGAGGGAGCGAGGAGUUGGGGCUGAGAGGAGUGGGUAGAGCCCUCGACCGUCGAAUAAGGGGACGCGCGAUGGGGCAGAGGCCCACUGGCGAGGGAGAGGCGCAGAUGAGAGAUGGGGGUGGAGCCCGGCUGACGGGAGACAGACUGCGGUUAAGUCGGGAGGGAGAAGGCAGCACUGACUUGCUAGGGUGUUGGAAAGGAUCAAGUUGUAAUUUGGGAAGGUUGAGGUGUAGUCCAAGGAAGACGGCUCAAGAAAGUGGUGGAUCGGCUCAGGCCCCGGCCUAGGCUGUUGGAUGGCCGUUGUUGGAUGCCGACAGAAUGGAGGGAGGAGAAGCAGCUUGAGGCAUCAUUAGAUGCACUGCUGAGUCAAGUGGCUGAUCUGAAGAAUUCACUGGGGAGCUUCAUUUACAAGUUGGAGAAUGAAUAUGACCGGCUGACCUGGCCAUCUGUCCUGGACAGCUUUGCCUUGCUCUCUGGACAGUUGAACACUCUGAACAAGGUCUUGAAGCAUGAAAAGACACCACUGUUCCGUAACCAGGUCAUCAUCCCUCUGGUGUUGUCCCCAGACCGAGAUGAGGAUCUCAUGAGGCAGACUGAAGGACGGGUACCUGUUUUCAGCCAUGAGGUGGUCCCUGACCAUCUGAGAACCAAGCCUGACCCUGAGGUAGAAGAGCAAGAGAAGCAGCUGACAACAGAUGCUGCCCGCAUUGGUGCUGAUGCAGCUCAGAAGCAGAUCCAGAGCUUGAAUAAAAUGUGCUCAAACCUUCUGGAGAAAAUCAGCAAAGAGGAACGAGAAGCAGAGAGUGGAGGUCUCCGGCCGAACAAGCAGACCUUUAACCCAGCAGACACCAAUGCGUUAGUGGCAGCUGUUGCCUUUGGGAAGGGGCUGUCUAAUUGGAGGCCUUCAGGCAGCAGUGGUCCUGGCCAGCCGGGCCAGCCAGGAGCUGGGACAAUCCUCGCAGGAGCCUCAGGAUUACAGCAGGUGCAGAUGUCAGGAGCUCCAAGUCAGCAGCAGCCAAUGCUCAGUGGGGUGCAGAUGGCCCAGGCAGGUCAACCAGGGAAAAUGCCAAGUGGAAUAAAAACCAACAUCAAGUCGGCUUCCAUGCAUCCCUACCAGCGCUCACGAGUCACUCCUCUGCGAAGCUUUCCAACAAUCCAGUCUGUCUACAACCCAGUGCCGCUCCCACCAGGUAAGGUCAAUGACCUCCUAUUUUCCGCUCCACAUUUGUACCUUGUAUUCUAGCUCCUGCUGCUCUUUUUUGUCCCCCAAGUUCAAGCACCGUGAACUGCCAAGGUUUGAAUCCAGUUCUUCCGUCUGGGAGCCAUAUGAUCUUUGGCAAGAAAUGUGCAUGCCUGGCAUAAGUGGUAGUUGCUGCUAUUAUUAUUAUUAUUAGGUUGACUUUGGAGAGAGAAUAUAAUGUAGCAUUUUGGUUAAAAGAGCAGUUUCUAGUGCCAGACUGCCUGGGUUCAAAUUCUAGCCGUGCCACCGACUAGCUGUGUGGCCUUAGGCAAGUUGAUUUACCUCUCUGUGCCUCAGUUUCCUUAUUUUGGGGGAUGCUGUGAAGUUCAAAUACAUUAAUACAUACAAAGUGCUUAGAAUAGCAUGCCUGACAAUAGUAGAAACUCAAUAAAUAUUAACUGUCUUCAGGGUAGUGUCUAGAAGUCUGCUGUCCGUAGUUGUUGCUUAAAUCAGUGAUUGACCAGUCCCUCUAUGAGGAGGUAACUCUUCCUCCCUCUGCAGCUCGUCUGUGCAUACAGCUGUGCUCACGUGUCAGGAGAGACCCUCUGGGCACGUUUUAUCCCCCACGGUGUGCAGAGCAGGCACUGGAACAUUUUUAUGUUAGUUUGCCUGACGUGAUAAGUCAUUUUCAAGUCUAUUUGUGUGAACUUUCUCACACUUAGUUGUCACCUACACUCUUCUAUUAAAGCCCAGUUUGAUCUCUUAAAUGGUGGGAUUUUGAUUUGAGAUCAGAUGACAAGCUCCCUCACUGGCAGUGUUCCUUUUCCUCCCUUCUAAACUGUGUCUGUUCCCUGUCCACACCAGCUGAAGACUCAGUUCCACAGUCUGCCUACAUCCCAUCUCUAAAAGAGGCCCUUCACCACUCAGAGGUCUCUCUGUGCAGCUGGGAUGUGUUCUGUCCUCUGUCUGUGCUUACUCAAUCCGGGCUCAGGUCUCCCCGGGUGGCUGUGUGAUUCACUGGGUAUCACAAACCAGAGCUCCACGCUUGCCUCUUCCUCACACUCACCACCAGUGCUUUAGGCCUUGUUUUGCCAUGGCAACUUCCUGGUUCUUGCCACUGUACUCUAAGCUAUCGGCAACACCUGCAGGUCAGGUGCUGUCUCACACCUCCAUACCUUACACAUGCUCUGCCCUUUCCUUGGUAUGUCUGUCCUCUCCUUUUCCUGCUCCAAACCCCUGUUCACCUAGUGAACAAUUCAUCCUCCCAGUGGCACCUACUUCUGUAAAGUCUACCACCUCCUCCCCUGUACACUUGACCAUUCUUAAAUUAUACCUGACCUGGACACUUAUCCAUUGUGUGACCUUAGGCAAAUUACUUCACUUCCAAGAACCUCAAUCUCUACCUCUGUAAAAUGGGAUUAUAGCACCGACAUCAGAAAGGUACCUUCCGCCGAGCAUAUUUAAAAUUCAAUUUAAACCUUUAAAUAGCUCUUAAUUUUCUACAGGAUAAAGUCCAAGCUUCUUAGAAGAGCACACAAGGGCCUCCAGUCAUAUAGUUAGCACUGAAAUGCUAAUACUAUUCUCGUCUUCUCCUACUCUCUCCUGAGCAAUCUCGUUUUUAUCACAUGGUAUAUUUGAUUGCAACAUAUUACAAUUAAACUAGCUUAA